CUCUGGCUUCUGGCUCUUUGUCCCGAAGAAAAAAAACCCUAAAUUUCGUUGAACUCUCUCUUCCUACGCUCAUAACGAACUCCGAAUCGAACAGCUUCCAGUCAGGUUGCAUUAUUUUGUAUUUCCUUUUUCCUUUGUUCUUAGCCUACCCCAACUAGUUUGCAUCGAACAACUUGUAUAAAAGGAGGUGAAAAUCCAUAAGAGAAGUCUCAGGUUCAAACUUGGACAUUGUUAUUUACCUCUCUGAUGUGAUUGAUGUUUGCCAGUGUCUUAAUGAUGACGUGGCGAGUGUUGGGUAUGUAAGUGGAUUCAUUCAUGGUGGUGUGCUUGUUGAAAAUAGAAAUGAAAAAAAACAGAAAAUAUGUGGUUUGUGUGUAGAGUUGGGAUUGGUGUUUGAGUGAAGUAUGAUUGGAUUUUGUCUGAUGGAGGGUGUGGUUGCAAUGGGCAGGGUGGAGGCGGCAGCAGUGGUGGAGGUGGUGGUUCUGGUUGUUUUUUUAAUUUAAAAAAAAAAGAAAAAGAAAAAGAAAAAUGAGUUCAGACAGCAGGAGUCGAUCCAGGAGCAGAAGCAGGAGCCCCAUGGAUCGCAAGAUCCGUACCCAUCGAAGCUCUUAUCGUGAUGCUCCUUACAGAAGGGAUUCUCGUCGGGGUGGUUACAGCCAAAGUAGUCUGUGUAAGAACUGCAAAAGACCAGGACACUAUGCUAGGGAAUGCCCUAAUGUUGCCAUUUGUCACAAUUGUGGACUUCCAGGGCAUAUUGCAUCAGAGUGUACCACAAAAUCCUUAUGUUGGAACUGUAGAGAGCCCGGGCACAUGGCCGGAAACUGCCCGAACGAGGGGAUCUGCCACACGUGCGGGAAAACCGGCCACCGUGCGAGGGAAUGCUCCGGUCCUCAGAUGCCACCUGGCGACAUGAGACUCUGCAACAACUGCUACAAACAAGGCCACAUCGCUGCUGACUGUACAAACGACAAGGCCUGUAAGAACUGUAGGAAAACCGGCCACCUGGCGCGUGACUGCCUCAACGAUCCGGUUUGCAACUCGUGCAAUGUGGCAGGCCAUGUGGCUCGGGACUGCCCGAAGGGCAGCACGGGUGGCGAUGAGCGUGGCGGCCCACGUGGCGGCGGUGAUAGGGGUUCGGGUGGUGGUUUCCGGGACAUUGUGUGUCGGAACUGCCAGCAGGUUGGGCAUAUGAGCCGUGAUUGUGUGGCGUUGAUGAUCUGUCAUAAUUGUGGUGGAAGAGGACACCUGGCGUUUGAGUGCCCGUCCGGGCGGUUUAUGGAUCGGUUUCCAAGGAGGUACUGAUGAGAGGGAUUUCGGGCAGAUGGCAGGCUGGUAACAUUGGCUUUUUUUUACCGCGUUUUAGUGUUUGGGAAUUUUCUUUGGUAGAGAGAUUUGAAAGUGAAAGUUUCGGAUGUUGAGUUUGUUGAGUUUUAAUUAUGUAUGAUUUAAAUCUCGUGUUAAGAGCAGCUUGAUGUUAUUGCUGUAGUUUUAUUUUGAAAUGAUAGUGUAAUCCUAAAUCCUAAUCCUAAUAAUAAUGUUGGAAUUCUGUGUGUUGCCUUUU